UUAAGGAGGGAGAAGAGGAGUUUUGUGACGGGGAGAUUAAGACUUGUGUCAAAUAUUUAGAAUCGCCUUCGCACAGCACGGAUUUGAAGGUUUUAGUUUAAAUUAACGGCGGGGAAACCAAAAUAUUCAACAGUUGAAGUAGAAGAUUCCAGAAGAAGUAAAAGGAAUGGAAGGAUUGACUGAAGACGAAAGAAAAGCUCUUAGAGGCAGCAAAUUUGCCCCCCUUCCUCCUAAACCUUGUUCUUCUUCUUCUUCUUCUUCGUCUUUACCCAGGAUAGCUCAUCCUGGUGGACCUGUUACCACAAAUAAGGCAGUUGCUUUGGCAAAGUUCCUUGAAAGGAAGCUUCAGGAACCUGGUGGGUUGGAUUCUAUGAAACCCGAACUCAUUGAAUUGGCUGUCAAGAACGCGAAAGAGACGGUAAAUGCUAGCGAGACUUCAAAACAAGGGCGGAUUCGGCAUGUAACUUCCUUUGAUGAUGAUGAGGAUUGUUCAUUCUUAGAUGAGUCGACUUCUAAACCUAAGAAGAAGUCGAAGAAGGAAAAGAAAGAUAAAAAGCAUAAAAAGAAGAAAAAUAAGAAAAUGAAAAAGGUUUUUGCCUAGAGUUCUAGAUACAAGUUCAAUCCCGAGUAUGGGGAAUCAGGUACUAUAUAAACCCUAAAUCCUUGACUCCAUUUUGAUUGUUUGACGGGUUCGAAUCAAUGAUGUUUCGAGUGUUCUAAGAAGUUGUACGAGAUGUUUUCUUUUAGGGUCUUGUGGUACUAGUAUACUUUUGUAGGAGUACAAAUCCUUUUACAAUCAUCGUGUUUUCACGGUCUAUGAUAUUCAAUCCUUUUUUUAUCAAUGAUCAAGUUAUCGUAGAUAAUCGAUUGAGGAAACUGGGGCACAUAUCUUAAUCAUUAAUGUGAAAUUACACAUGAAUUAUUUAUAUGUUGAAUCAAAUGCUAAUUUUUGGUUUAUAUACAAUGUAUAUUUAUGAUACAUGAUGAAAUUCUAAUUCCUGGUAUACAAUGUAUACUUAUGACUAUCGGUGUUCAAUGGGACAGAUUGGUCUAGGCCAGAGCAAAUUCUUAAUGGGUUUGGCUAGGUCGGGCCAUAUUAAUUUUUGUAUCGGGUCGGGCUAGGUCAAUAGUCUAUUUGACCCGCCUCUAACCUGGCCCACUUAUGUAAAAUUUCUCAUUUUAUUAACUAAUUAUGAAAGAAAUGAUUGUAGAGCAUGCACAUGUGUAGGACCUAAUUGGCCGAUUAUGCCAACUCGGAUAAUUACUAUGUUAAUUGCUAACAACAAAGGUUCAUUAUCAUGUAAUUGUUUUUCUCAAGUGAUUUAUUAUCUAUUUAGAAGUAGAUUUAUAUUCACUAUUAUUUUGGAUGGUUUUACUUGUUUGAUUUGGUUUAAUGAAACUAUUAAAUUCAAUUUAAUUGAUAUUAUUAUGUUUGAUUCGAGUAUUUUAUAUCCAAGAGAAUAAUGAUAUUUAGUUUUAUCACCGGCGGAAAAAUUUUAGGAAAUAUAUUUAGCAUCAAAUGCCCCAUUGAUGGGCAUAUGUAUGUCAAGAAGAAUUGGCUAUUAUUGAAUUUUGUUUUUGGAUAUUGAGUUUGAUUUGGUGAUUUAAUUUGGUUUUUUAAAUUAAAUUUGCUAUCUUCAUAAUGAGUUUGUAUGGUCAAUUGGUGAUAAACAUGCUCAUCAGCAUAUGAUGUUGAUUUUUAUUAUAAGCUAAUAUUGAUGACCAUUUUGGCUUUAUAUUUUUUAGACAAAUUCAAAUCUACAAUAAUAUUUAAAUCGAAAUUAUAUUUCUUUUGCGAUUAAGUGUAAUUUUAGAUUAUCGGGCCAAUAUUUUGUGAAAAAAAAUAAAAAUAGAACCCUCUUUGUAUGUUGUUUACUUGCCUGAUUGCAUUUGCAUCAAUGAAGACAAAACGUCUUUCAGCAAACAAUGUCAAAAUAAAGAGCUUUAUCUAAUAUAAUUUGACUUAAUUUGAAUGUUUAGAUUUUAGUCCAUAUAU